AUGAAAGCAGGUGUCAAACCCUCUCUGUCACUGUGUGUUUCCAGACUAACAAAUCUGUCAGUCCUCCUGUUGAACAACAACUCCAUCACAGGCCUCCCCGCUGAGCUGCUCUCCUUACAUCAACUGGCUGAGCUGAAUUUAGGAAAUAAUGCCUUGAAGGAGUUUCCCGCUGUUCUGGGCCAUCUGGAGUCCUUGAAAAAGCUGUACCUGCUCAGAAAUCAAAUUACUGUAGUGCCACCUGAUGUGAUAGGUGGCUUCAAGAACCUUGUUGUCCUCAAUUUGAACCACAACCAGAUUCAAAGACUUCCAUCAGAGAUUAAAAGCUUGAGGAAGCUUGAACACCUCAGUGUGCUGGACAAUAAGCUGGAUGAAGUUCCCGUGGAGCUUGGCCAUCUCACUCGGUUGUCUGAAAUAAACCUAAACUUCAGCAACGGCUUAUCCAGUUUGCCACAUUUUGCUGAUUUUUCCCUGUAGACAGCAAAUCAGAGUUUAAGGAAAAUCACUAAUGGAAUAACAGCACUGACUAAACUUCAAGUGCUCGAUGUGGCUGGGAACAGGUUGUCCAUGUUCUCCAUGGAGUUUCACCUGCUGCCCUGGAAGGAGCUGUACUGUGAAGGGAACAGGUUUGUGCAGUGUGUCGAUGCUGAGGUACUUACAUUAAAGGAACUGGUUGCUAGAUUUGUGUUGUGGGAGGACAGGAACAGGUUUUCUGUAAUCCACAUGAUGCUUCCCCACUAUCCAAACCUGACAGUCCUGCUGGGCAGUGCCAGCUCCUGUGCGGUCUGCCGCGGGCCCUUCCUCACCGCCUGGCUGGAAUGUGCGCAUUUUAUAAAUCUAAAGAAGGUGAUGAAAAUGAAGAGCAUGCUGACUGUUCCAGUGCAUGCCCUUCUCUGUUCAUACAAGUGCUUUAAUACAGAUGGACAUGCCUACUAUGGUGUUGCUACAAGAUGAAUACAAGUUUAUUUAAAGGAAAUGGCAUCUGUUCCAACCUGCCAGACAAGAGAAAGAUAGAGAGGGAAAGAGGGCUAGAGAGAACUUCAUUUCUAGCAAAUUAAUUUCCCA